CAACAACAAUAAUAACAACAACAACAACAGCAGCAGCAGCAAUGUCAACAACAAUAACAACACCAGUGCUCCUGCUGCCGCUGCUGCCGCACCCGAACAACAACCUGACGCCUUGACUGCCGAGACAAUGGCUGCUGUCCCAGCCGAACAACAGAAACAGAUGUUGGGAGAGCGCUUAUACCCGCUCAUGUAAGUUUUUGCUAACUGACCUAAUUAUUUACUACAUGCAUCGCCCAGAGGGAAAGAAAUGAUUAAUGUGGGGUUUCUUUAUCCAUGAUAGUCACCAAGCACAGCCCGAAUACGCUGGCAAGAUAACGGGUAUGCUCCUGGAAAUGGAAAAUAAUGAGCUUUUGCGUUUGUUGAACAACAAGGAAGCGUUGGAUGAAAAAAUCAGCGAAGCCAUGGAGGUCCUCAAGCAGCACUUUGAUAGUGCUCAAGAAGCCAGCGCUGCCUAGUGUAUUAGCGCAUCAAUAAAACAAAAAGUAUCCGAUUUUAGCUGUAGUACCUGACGUAUAAAGUUAUGAUUGCUGCUCUU